AUGUCUGUAAUCAGCUCCUAUGUUGGUGGUCUACAGUGGUUAAUAUAUGUUGUUAUGAAGAUGUUAAGCUGGAAUAUUAGAGGGGUUGAAAAACCUGAGAAAAAAAGACAGAUCAAGAAACUUUUAUUUGAUAGAAAAAUUAAUAUGGUCCUACUUCAAGAGACCAAGUUGUCAAGCAUCUCAGAGGUAGAGGUGAGAAGAUUAUGGCAUAGAGACAGAUUUGAGUACAUGUCUGUUGAGGCUGAAGGAAGAGCUGGCGGGUUGUUAUGCAUUUGGAAUCCUGAAGUUUUUUACCUAUCAGAGUGCUGUAGAAACAAAAAAUUUAUACUGCUAUCAGGUACUUUUCAUAAAUCAUUUGAGUGUGCAAUUCUUAAUAUAUAUGCUCCAAAUGAUGUGGUGAAGAGAGGAAACUUAUGGGAGAUCUUAUUAAAUCUUAAAAGCAAUUUUUCAAAGCCAUGGUGUUUGAGUGGAGAUUUUAAUGAAAUUAGAAAUGUAGCUGAAAGAGUAGAGUACUUAAGAAGAGAUAGAGGUAUGAAAGACUUCAAUGAGUUUAUAGACAGGUGUGAGGUAACUGAAAUUCAGAUGCUUGGGAAAAAAUACACCUAG